AUGGAGGAACACGAUAACGAGUUUUCCUUGAAAGACAACGAGGCUCCCAAAGAUAAUGAAGAAUUCCCUCAGCUUCCUUUUGGCCAGGACCCUUGCCAGGCUCCUGCUCAGUCGGGCCAUUUUGUGCACAACGACGAAGCGCAGCCGAAUCACCGAGUUCACGACAUUCCCAACCCUCAACAACAGGCUGGAGAAUUGCUGUUCCACCACGUUCAACAGUUCAGUCUGACCCAAUACGAUGCCCAGAACGACGCCCAGCUCCGACAGCACCCAUAUCACCAGGCGCAGUAUUCGAGCCAGCAUAAUCAGAUAGGACAAGCCAAUCAGGAGUGGCAGGCUCAGCACCUCAAUGGGGGCAACGACAUGCAACUGUAUAGGCAGGCGAUUGAAGCCUGGAAGCAUGACGAACCCCCAAACGAGGCACGGAUUUAUGUCGAAGGUCUCCCUCCCAUGGCAUACUAUCUUUUCAAGGUGCCUGUGAGCGUCAGUGAUGGCGUCUCUUUGAUAUCCGGCACCGAGAUCAUGUAUCCGAUGCGAAUCGAGAAUGGCUAUAAGACAUAUGCCAUUCCGAUCUCGGUCAAUCUGAGCAACUAUCUCGCCGGCCUUAAUGGUCAGGAAGCUGGUGCCGUAACCCCGUUUGGCAACUCCUCGGCAACGACUUUAGCUCCGGGCACUUCGCCACUGAAUGAGCCAGCUUUUCAGGCCUUGAGCGAUGGUUCCAGUGAUGUCGCUAAUGGUAGAUUCAACGGUGGUUUUCAUGGUGAAUAUCACUUGCAUGAAGAUGCCAAUCACAUUGCCACAGCUACCAGCCCCACCCAUGUGGAUGACGAUCAGGGAUUCGACUUGAACGAGUUCAAUUCGAAUGCGUUCGACUUCAGUCAAUUCUACUGA